AUGGCUCUCCGAGAUAGAAUCGCGGCAACGGAGAGAGAGAUAGAGGAGCGCAAGCAUGAGCAAGAUGCAGUGGAAAGAAAGUUGGAGCAUGCUGCUAUACAAGAGCGGAACAAGGCGGGUUUGGCGCUUAUCCAGCGCGACCUGGAACGAGCCCGGCGGGAGGCGGGGGUACCUUUCUCCCAGGAAGCCCAAGCUUAUGAUGACAAAGCCUCACGCGCACUUACCGCAUCGACGGACUCGGAUAUAGGGAGAGGAGCCAAGCAAGUAGCCACUCUGGGCCAGCGAAGGGGUGAUAUGGCCACAGUGAUUCAUGAGUCUCGUCUUCUCUCACUGGCCGCAGAGAAUAAAAACCUUAAAGAAGAGAAUAAAAACCUUAAGAAGCAGGUGGCACAGCUCAGAGACAUGAACCAGCCAGUCAUCGCGAAAGUACAUCAUUACAAGGAGGCGCUAAGGCAGCUCUGCGGGCGCAUCGGUUUGGAUUUCGCUGAGAUUACUCGUGUCCCAGCAUGA